UUGUAGAAAGUUUCUAGAAAAUAACAUGCAGACCCUUUUUAAAGGCUUCCAGUUUAUUGAGCUUUAAGCAUUUUGUAGUUAUCGAUAUUUAUUACACAAAGACAUACGCUGCCUAUUUAUCUAGCUUGUUUUCAUUUAAUUUCCUAAGUGGUUCAUCAUACAUCUAAUAUUUUUGAUGGAACAAGAGAAUUUUUACAACGCCAACAGAACUGAAACGAUGGAAUUAACAUACACUCGCAGGUCGAUAAUGUUUUUAGUGCCCAUAUUGUUUUACGCAAAUAUAUUUGGCAGUGUACCCAAGUACGAUUUUGUGGGGAAACGAAUUGUGACAUCUAAAAAAAGGCUUUUCUGGCUUGCAUUUCAGAUUGUCUGCUAUGGUGCGGUGACAGUUUAUAGUUUGCAUGGAAGGCUGGAGCAUUUAUAUGAUAUAUACAACAGCAACGUACUUGUCCUGCUGGACCUUGCUACGGAAAUCGUCGGUUCUCUAACCAUUUGUUUCACCAUCGUGGAAACUCAUUUGAAUAGAAACCUCUGGCAGAAAUUUUUUCAUCAAUUGGCGGACUUGGAAAGCUGUACCAAAUGGUGCGACAGCGGACGGAAUGUAAGGGAGACAAACGUGUUACGAAAUCCUUUCGUGCAGUUUUGCUUCGUCCAAGUCUUUUGGAUUUUGUUCUCCCUGUACGCCAUACUGGUGUGGGUAUAUCGAGACAAUCAUUUCAAUCCGUCUUAUCUGAUAUCCAGAUUGUUCUUAAACUAUGUUGAGAGUUUAAGGGCAAUUGUAAUAGCAAAUUUUGCAUUGCUCGCUCUCCACAAAUACCGCGGCAUCAACAAAGUUAUUGUGCAGAACACACGACGCUCGAUUAGAAUGUUUAAAAUCAAGGCAACUUAUCUCAAAAUGGACGACACGAUCCGCACGUUCAACAGACUCCUGGGAAAGCAGAUACUGUAUAUAUUCAUAGUGAAGUCGAUGCAACUGGUGUCAGUAUUCUCGCGACUAGCUCAGCCGAUGAGGGUCACGCACAUCUUGUCCAUUGAAUUUCAUUUCGACCUCAUCCUAUUGAACCUCCUGCUCUGCAUAUCAAGCUUGUUUGCCGUGUCUGCGAUUACCUUCUCAUGCCACGCGACCGUCAAAGAAUCAGAAAAAUUGAUCGGGAUCUGCUACAAGCUGCAAGAAAAAUUUCAUAUCUAUUCAGAGGAAUAUCAAGAGAUACAAAAUCUGAUCAAUCUGGUGACCACCAAGAGAGUAACGUUUACCGCGGCAGAUUUCUUCGAAAUCAACAAGCCCAUUCUUUUCGCGCUAGUCAGCACGGCAACGUCCUAUUUUAUCGUGGUUAUUCAAUUGCAGAACUAGAAAUCAUAAAAAAUAAUAUAUAAUAGGUACUGUCUAAGUUUUGCACUACAGAAAUAUAGGGGUGCAUCAUUAUUUUUUUAAUCGACCAAAUACCAUUAAGAAAUUAAAAGUUCUACGAAGCACCCUAGCAUAAAUUUAUUACAUUAAAUUAUACAUUUAAUAAGUUUUUCACAAGUUAUUUAAAAAUACCAAUUUUAUUAUGUUUCCGAGGAAAAAUUAAAAAAUAUUUGUACCUUUUUUGUAAAACUUUUGAAAUAUCUCUGCAUUAUGAAAAACUUUUCUGAGAUUUUCGGAAAUAAAUUUGGUAUUCUCUCUUUCGGUCAAAAUCGUGUUACUCACCCCGUGUGUUUUUUACUUCGAAAUAAGUGCGGUCAGAUAUUAUCUACAAGUACUAAAAUUGCUAAUUUAAAAAAAAAACACAUUGUGAACCUAACGCACCAUACUGUAUGUAUUUGUGGAAACACUCAUUUUGAUUUUUUGGUGACAAAAGAAACAUUAUUUUGGUUACGGGCACUUUCGUGACGCUGUUUCCAGAAAGACAAUCUUAGUAUAAUGUCCAAGUUUUUUUGCCGUAUUUCUCGAUUAUGUAAAAGAUAUCGAAAAUUAUACCACAUUUGCAAUAUUUAUUCAUAACGUUUUUAAAAUUUUAAGUACGACGCCAAAUUGUUGCU